UGGCGAGAUGCAAAUUCCAUCAUGGAAUCAUAGAAGUUGUUGAUUGUCGCGAAGGCGACUUUUAUUCACUGAAAACUCCAUUUCGUUGUGCUGAUACUUGGAUCCCGGUCGCACUGCGAUUGUAUGGGUUAAGUCUGAUAAGAAACCAUGGCGACCGAAUUCAUGUAUUCCCACAUGCACAACCCUUCAAUGGGGAGUCCGUACAGUAACUCCAGUUAUGGCAGUCACAUGAAUGGAUAUGGACCAAAACAAAAUGGAAAGAGCUUUGCCUUUAGAAAAAGAUUUGAGAGAGUGGAUUGGCGGAAGAUUGCUUCUGUAGACAUUAAUCAGAUUGCACAAACUCUUGACUUCAAUGCCCUACAGGAAAACAUCAUGAACAUUACAUUUUGUAAUAUUGAAGCAGAGUUGGAUUUACGUAUGGUGGAUCCAAACUUUGUCAAGUUGUUCAAGCUCGCCCAGCUGUCCAUUGAGUACUUACUGCAUUCUCAAGAAUAUCUGACUGGUGUGAUAGCUUCUGUGGAGGAAAAGAUGAAGAAAUCUCAAGAAGAGCAAAACGAGGUCAAACAGGCAGAAGAUAAACUGAAACAACAAUUAGCAGAUGUAAAGAAAGAGAGUCACAAAAGGAAGAAGUUGCUUAUGGCACAACAACAGCUGAUACAUGCUGGAUCCGGUAGUUAUAAUAAGUGUCCGUUUUGCUCCAAGGCAUUUUUAAACAGUUCCUUCCUUCAAUCGCACAUUAAUCGCCGACAUGGUGAUCAGUCAUACGCCCGUCCAGCAUCCGUUGCAGCGCCAACACAACAGCAACCAGAAAAACCAUCUGAAUUUCAACUUCAGAUGGAAGAAAUGAGGGAAAGGCUACAUGCUACAGAGACUCAACUACAACAGGAAAAAAUCAAACGCAAACAGGAGAAAGAAAGGAAGAUGAAACUACAGCAAGUAGAGGCUAUGCCUGAUUCAGAAAAAGAUGUGUACCAGAGAGAAAUUAAUGCAUCUAAUAAGAAAAUCAAUGACCUUGAGAAAGCUUUUAAUGAAAAGCUGUCGAAGAGGUCAGGCCUUGGUGAAUUAGAGGAUGAUAUUGAGGUCGAAAAAGAACUACUGCACAAGCAGCGCGAGGAAGUCGCCAUGAUGAAAGAAGAGCUCGGUGCUCAGAUGAAAACAGUAGAGUCUGAUGUAGAAAGCAGGUUUGCAAAGCAGGAGAAGAGAUGGCAGAAAAAGGUCCAGAGUUUGACCCGCCAACAUGCAGAUGAUAUCGGCAAGCUGAAUGUUGUUCUGGCGAAAGCUGGACAAGCUAUGGCCAAAAAUAAAGAUGGCCAGCAACAUCAAAGAGAGGUUCAAUCUGUUCUCAAGCGAUCCAGGGAACAGGAGGAGCUAUUAAGGAGUCAAGGAAGUCAGGGUGAUGAGGAUGAUGUGGAACGGAUGUUCAGGGAAGAGCAAGAAUUAGCCCGAAGUGAGGUGACGCCUCUACGACUUGAAAAAUCUAGUCAACGAAGGAGCAUGAUGAUGCCAAGUGAUGAUGAUGACGAUGAAACAACAGAAAUGGCCACAGCUUCACAUAGCCUGACCCAGUCUCUCCACAGUACCUACAGGAGUGGAGAGCUGACAUUGAGAACUACCCAGUUCCUGGAAGAACUUCGUAAGAAUCCCACACUUAAGGUUAUGCGUGAUGAACUGGCCUCAUUACUACAAGACCAUCUCCAGAAGAUUGGUAUCGCUCCGGAGAUGAGAGGCAUUCCAAAUGACGUCCUUGUCAGUAAGAUGGGACUUCUGAAGACACGCCGACAGGCAACAAUACAGAAGUUCCCAAUAUUUCCCGAGUUUCGAAGACAGUGUAAUGCUUAUGCAGAACAGCAGGCCAAAGAAAGGCUGAAAGAAAUGAAGCGCUCACCUGUCACAUCUCCAGCUGGAUCUCGGACCACAAGCCCCCAGAGGUCACAAGCCAUCAGUCCGUCAAAUCAGCCUGGAGUUCAACGCAAGGCUCCACAGUCAUCAGGAAAAAGCAGCCCGUCUCGACCUAGUCAAACCCCAGUCCCCAAACCUCAACCUCGUGUUUCGAGCCCACAACGUACCAUGCAGUCAACAGGAACGACAAGUGGAGGACGAACUGGAUCCAGUGUAGACUGGACAAGUACCCAGUGGGAUUCAGAUGACGAUGAUGACGAUGAAGAAAGCGAGGAAGAACAAGUCUUUAGACAUGUAACUCAAAUAAAAUCAGGUCCUCGUAACAUCUCACCUACACCUAAACCUAGGACGUCACCACAUCAGCCCGCUCCAGUGUCUCGUCCGCCCGGCCCACAGGUCAAAACAGUCAUUUCCAAGCCUUUACAUGAUGUUGAUGAUGAUGACUGGGACGAUGAUGAAAGUGAAGUGGACCAGGGAGGAUUUGGUAAGCCAGCAAUUCAGAGAUCUAGUAGUCUGCCUAUGAGAGGACCAACCAAUGUACAGCCCAAAGGUCAAAAGGUCGCAGAACUCUCUCGAUCUAUUGAGUACCAGUUAGCUGGAAGGAAAGCAGCAAAGCCAGUAGGAGGGAUAGAUGUUAUGUCAAAAAAUAAAAACAAUGAGGAUGAAUCUGACAGUAACUGGGAUGUGUCUUCAGUAGAAGAGGAUAUCUCACCUGCCAGAGCUGCUCCUAAGAAGGCGCCAUUACCGGUGAGGGGAAGCCACGCAUCUGAUACCUCCAACACCUACGGAACUAGUGUCUGGGGGUCUUCAUCCAAAGCUGCCAGUACUGUUCCUGCAAGGUCUGCACUGAUCCGAGGAUCAACUUCAGAUAUAUCCGAUGUGAGUUUAGAUGACGAGUUAGACUUGGACAAUAUAUAAAUCUUAGUUCACUAUGCUUGCCAUACUUACCUGUAUCCGUAACAAGUACCUCCAAACCCAGUUAUUCUAUUGGACACCAACCUGUGAAAUAGCCAAGUCUGAAUCGCACAAUGACGACAGCUCAUCUCCUCGAAGUUAUGAUGUGUUGGUAGUGAAACAUAUGGCUUCCAUAUACAAGACAUACAUAUUUUUACCUCAGUUAAACAUUUUUGGGCUUUUUCCUGUGAAAAUAUAUCCAAUGGGACAAAUUCAGAAAUACAGGAAUAAUAUACAUGACAGGUGCUGAAGAAAUACAGCCUAUUAUACAGUACUGUUAAUUAAAUAUUUUCUCUGUGUGGUCCCUGUUCGGCAGAUCUGGAGUCCUCUCGUUGGAUAAAUAUUAUACUGGAACAGCCUUUACAUCAAUUUACAUACUGUGCCUAUAUAUCUUGUGAGAUUAGGUUGUGCUUGAAGUUACCGUCCAUUAAGUAUACAUUGUUAAUGAGAGAUUAGUUUUGACAUAGUUUGUUGUAGAGAUGUAUCUGCUUGAAUGCUAUAAAUUGAUGGCAGAUUUUACACAGAGUCAGGUAAAUGGCUGUCAUACACUGAAACUGUAAUCACUCUUAUUAUCAUUACAUUGGGAAUUGUAACAAUUUAUUUUCC